AUGCCUUAUCUUGUGCGCGAUGCGUUUCCGAAAGACGUGUCUUUACAUAGAAUAUACACUCAUUUAGGUCCACCAGGAAAGCGAGGUGAACCAGGACCACAAGGGACACAAGGUGUGAAAGGAGACUCCGUAGGUGUGACAGGAGGUGCGGUGUACACACGUUGGGGAAGAAAUGACUGUCCGCAAUCUGUCAAAACCACCAUGUUGUAUUCAGGUGUGAUGGCUGGAUCAUGGUACCAUCAUACUGGUGGGGCAUCAAACUACCUUUGUCUGCCAAUAAAUCCAAUAUUUGACAAAGUUACCGCUGGUGAUCAAGGAGGGAGUUAUAUCUAUGGCACCGAGUACGAGACACAUGCUUAUUCUAACGUAUUUCCGCGAAACAUCCAUAAUCACGAUGCUCCCUGCGCAGUCUGUCACACCGAGUCACGUGGUAGUCACGUGAUGAUACCAGCUCGUAAUGUCUGUGCCUCAGGCUGGACCUUGGAGUAUAAAGGAUAUCUCAUGUCCGCAAAUCAUGGUCACAACGGAAGAACACAGUUUCUUUGUGUUGACGAGAACGCUGAAGCUACAACAGGAUCUCAUGUUGAUCAUAAUGGCGCCCUACUUUAUUUUGUUGAAAGUCAGUGUGGUGCUCUUCCUUGUCCACCAUACGCCACUGGUAAAGAACUCACUUGUGUGGUUUGCACAAAAUAA